CAUCCAGCACAGCGGAGCCAGCGCGCCGAGGAGGCGGACCGACUGUAGCUUCACCUCGGCCAGCGGUGCUGGGUCAUAGCGGCGGCGGAGGGGGGGCGAUGGUGGUGGUGGUUGGGGCCGCGCACUGCUCUUCUUGCCCUUCCUGAACCGUGAGCACCGAGGACACCUCCAUCACAUCGACGCGUCCUGGAAUAGUUUUUCUGUUUUCUUUUCUUUUUUCUGUUGUUGUAUUUUGUCGCCCAGACGCACCAAGUUGCAGCGGCAGAGGCGCACUCUUCUCCGAGGCUCCUCUCCCCCUGUGCGCUCACAAUCCGACAUGGAAGAUGGUCCGUCUUCAACAAGCUGUUUCAGAAGGUUAACGGACUGUUUCCUGGGUGCAAGCUUGACAGAUGAGAAAGUGAAGGCCUACCUCUCGCUGCACCCGCAGAUGCUGGACGACUUUGUGUUGGAGAGUGUGAGUGCAGAGACGUUGGACAGAUGGCUGAAGAAAAAGACCAGCAGCAGGCCUGCAGAUGACACGUCAGCGAAAGAUGUCAGCAGGCAGUACCAGGACACAAAUAUGCAGGGUGUGGUGUACGAACUCAACAGCUACAUGGAGCAGCGCCUGGACACUGGAGGAGACAACAAUCUCCUGCUCUAUGAGUUGUGCAGCAUCAUCAAAACAGCAACGAAAGCUGAUGGAUUUGCACUUUACUUCUUGGGAGAAUGCAACAAUAGUUUAUGUGUGUUGACCCCGACGGGGGCCAAAGACGGCCCUCCAAGCCUCAUCCCCUCCGGCCCCAUUGCAUUUGGGACAACCAUCGCCGCUCAUGUUGCCAAGACUCGCAAAACACUGCUGGUAGAGGACAUCAUUGGGGACGAGCGCUUCCCCGACGGCACAGGGCAGGACUCAGGGAUCCAUGUUCACUCUGUCCUGUGCCUCCCCAUCCUCACUGCCAUCGGGGACCUCAUUGCCAUUCUGGAGCUGCAUCGGCACUGGGGCAAGGAGCCCUUCAACCUCAGCCACCAGGAGGUUGCAACAGCGAACUUAGCGUGGGCGUCUGUUGCCAUUCAUCAAGUACAGGUGUGCAGAGGCCUCGCCAAACAGACUGAGCUCAACGACUUCCUACUCGAUGUGUCAAAAACAUACUUUGAUAACAUUGUGGCAAUAGAUUCUCUACUUGAACAUAUUAUGAUAUAUGCAAAAAACCUGGUGAACGCGGACAGGUGCGCACUCUUCCAGGUAGAUCACAACAACAAAGAACUGUACUCGGACCUGUUCGAUAUCGGGGAAGAGAAAGAAGGAAAGCCUGUCUUCAGGAAAACCAAAGAAAUUAGGUUUUCUAUAGACAAGGGAAUAGCAGGUCAGGUGGCUCGGACAGGGGAAGUCUUAAACAUCCCAGAUGCCUAUGCAGAUCCUCGGUUCAACCGAGAGGUGGACCUGAAAACCGGCUACACCACGCGGAACAUCCUGUGCAUGCCCAUCGUGAGCAGGGGGAGCGUAAUAGGCGUGGUGCAGAUGGUGAACAAGCUAAGCGGAAGUGCCUUCACUAAUACAGACGAGAACAACUUUAAGAUGUUUGCUGUCUUUUGUGCUCUGGCCUUGCACUGUGCAAAUAUGUACCAUAGGAUCCGGCACUCUGAAUGCAUCUACAGAGUGACAAUGGAGAAACUGUCCUAUCACAGCAUCUGCACAUCGGAAGAAUGGAAGACCCUCACCCAGCUCAACCUCCCUGCACCUAUUUAUAAAGAGAUCGAAAUGUUCCACUUUGACAUCAAUCCCUUUGAGGAGAUCUGGCCCGCAGUCUUUAUCUACAUGGUUCAUAGCUCCUGUGGAAAGACCAGCUUUGAGCUGGAGAAGCUGUGCCGGUUCACCAUGUCCGUACGGAAGAACUACCGACGUGUGCCAUACCACAACUGGAAGCACGCGGUGACGGUGGCCCACUGCAUGUAUGCCAUCCUACAGAAGACCUCUGGGAUGUUCACAGAGUUAGAGAAGAAAGGUCUGUUGAUAGCCUGCCUGUGCCAUGACCUGGACCACCGGGGUUACAGCAAUGCGUACCUGCAGAAGUUUGACCAUCCACUGGCUGCUCUGUACUCCACCUCCACCAUGGAGCAGCACCACUUCUCUCAGACCGUCUCCAUCCUGCAGCUGGAAGGGCACAAUAUUUUCUCCAACCUGAAUUCCAUUGAGUACGAGCAGGUGCUAGAGAUCAUCCGAAAGGCCAUCAUCGCAACGGACCUCGCCCUCUACUUCACCAACCACCAGCAGCUAACGGAAAUGCUGACCAAGGGUGUGGUGGACUUAAACAACUACUCGCACAGGGACCGUGUGAUUGGUCUGAUGAUGACAGCAUGUGACCUGUGCUCUGUUACCAAGCAAUGGCCAAUCACACGACUCACAGCCAACGACAUCUAUGCGGAGUUCUGGGCCGAGGGAGACGAGAUGAAGAAGAUUGGGAUGCAGCCGAUCCCGAUGAUGGACAGAGACAAGAAGCACGAGGUUCCCCAAGGCCAAGUGGGGUUCUACAAUGCUGUUGCAAUUCCAUGUUACACAACACUAGCGGAGCUUUUCCCUCCAUCCAUCCCUCUACUAAAAGCCUGCAAGGAGAACCAUGGCCAGUGGGAGAAGAUUGCAAAGGGGGAAGCAGAGGAUGUGGUGCCUAGCCGACCAUGUGAUCCAGGCCCCGUCAAGGUGGACAACUGACGACCAAAGGGGUCUCUGGCCAACCAAAGGAACACAACCUGAGUCCUGCCACAGACCUGGACCUCCUGCAGGAGGAAGAACCCACAUGUUGUGUCAGCGGGAGACGGAUCAGCUAAAGGCGACUUGACUUUAAAAGAAAAAAAACAAACAGUUACCUCAAUGGGUGACGGAGGUGUCAACACUGGCGGUUUCACCGAUCCCAGAGACUGACAGAGAAGCUGUUGGGGCUGAGGGGCUCUAACCCAUCACCCUACGUCCACUCAGCUUGGGAAUUCAUUUGGUAGAAUGGACCUGUGCUGAUUUGGUUGUUUUAUUCUGGUUGUUAUGUGUAUUUUAUUAUUUCAACUGAUUCUUUUAUGGUCUUGUAUUUGCAGAGGCCUUACUCUGAACCUUUCACAGGCUAGGAUGUGUGAAACAUUGUUGUCGGUUCAGGCUUUGUUAUUUUAGUUGUUUUUUAAAUGGUACUGUUUGCCUUCUGUGGUUUAUCGUACAUGCACUACUUCAGCAAGGUGUUCCCAGAGACAGAAAGGAAUGUGUAGAGCAGAUGUAUAAUGCCACCUUAUUGAGAAGGUGGGCGUCAGAAUGUUAUUUUUAUUUAUCACUUUUUGAGCAAAAAUCCUUUGCAGUACUUGAAUACAGUGAUACAGCCUCCUGACGAGAGGAGUUAGAUAAUGUGGACAUUUGUGAACUCAGUCACAAGAGAGUCACAAUGUUUCUCCCCGCAGUGGGACCCCACAGCACUGCCCCCCAGCUCCCCCUGACAUUUAGGAACCUGCUGCAGAAGUACAUGGACUCCCCUCUGAUCAACAGGAUCUGACCCCGGGCCAGCAGUCAUAAUGUUUGCAGGAGGGAGGUCACAAGAAGAAAAGAUGCACAAAUAGCACCACUGCUCGUGUGAUGUAUAGUCAGACAACACUGCGUACUACUGAGUCUCAACUGUCAUAACAAUGUUCUUACACCACUAUCACAUCGUGAAUUAUUUACUUUUAUUCAUCAAAAAGGUCUUUCAUGAAUUAAACUCUAAUCUUAAAAUUAUAAUGAUUAAAAACUUUAUAUAUAUAGCUCUUUUCAAAACACAGUUACAAGGUGUUACAAGUUAAACAAAUUUAGAAAAUUAGGGUAAACAAUUAAAACCAGUAUGAAGAUCCAACAGCAUAAGAGCAUUAAUACAAGAAUAGAUUAAAAGUGAAUAAAUAAAGUCAAAGGUGAAUUCAGACCCAUUGUCCAGAGAAAGCACACCCUUAAAGAAUAUACUCUUUUGGAGAGAUUAUCACUCAGCUCCUCAGGGAGAUUGUUGUAAGGAGCGGUUCUAAGAACCCCCCCGGUCACCUUCAGUCCUCAAUGUGAAUGAGGGAUGGCGAGCGAGGCCUUAAGAUUCACGGAUAAAAUCCUAAAAUCACUCUAAAAUUCUAAAAGCCAAUGAAGAGAAGCUAAAAUCAAAAUGUGCUUUCUUCUUGUAGAUUUAGUGAGACAAAUAAACGUACCGCACAACUGUUCCCGUAGAUAAUAAGGAUAAGUUUGUUUGCUACAACAGGUGAAUAAGUUGUAUAUGUCAUAUCCAGAAAUCAUGCUUAUCUAAAACCCGGUGAAGGUGAGACGGGUUUUAAAGAGUGCAGUGUGGAAUAAGUAGCCUACACAGUCUCGAGUUUUCUCUUUCUCUCACACAAGCGGGUGUCCUUGCUGGUUCAAAGCUGUACUGAACUUUCAUUUUGUCAUUUUGCUGUUGAUUCAGGGCCGACGCCUCAGCAGAACUGUUAGUCAGCUUCAGAUCCAUCUCACCUGUUAAGCUAAUGUCUUCUCCUGGGACUGCAACAUAAACAUAGUUGGUUGACGUGGGAUGUGACGCUCCACUCAUAUCCACAACCGGGUGAAAAUAAAACCUUCCCUUGACGAUCAAGUCUCCCAACGCCGUGCACAGGGGUUACACUUUUUCUAGACUCUUUCAAAUGAGUUCCCAAGAUCUUCCAAAGGACAAAUGUUUUUUUUUUGUCUGAAACUGUCAUUCCAGUGGACAUUUGUCCCCCUCCAAGAAUGAAAGUACUGCUCAAAUCAUUUGUUUUUCCGACUGGUACUGUGGCUCCCCCAUCCCCUCUCCCCUACCCCCCCCCCCCACCCCCCCACCCCUGCCCCCCAUUAAUGGUGUGAAUGUACAUUUUGAUGAAUGUUUUGUCGGUUGCAGAUCCUCGGUGUAGCACCGCGGAGGUCGUAGUGCGCCGUCGGUUUCCACAACGUGCUCCGUCUUACUUACUGAAUUGCUUCCAGUGAGCUUCAACCAAGAGCAACAAUUAGCAUGCACCUGAACUGAAGUUUAUAUAUAGUUUUGCAGAAGCGUUUAAUAGGUGUAUAUUGUGUACAGCCUAGGAAAUAGUUUGUACAGACUGAGUUGUUCACUCUCAUGGUGCUAAACUGAAUGGCAGUUGUGUGCUUUCUGACUGUCUGUGUGUGUGUGUGCGUGUGUGAGAGAGAGAGAGAGAGAGAGAGAGAGAAUGCUUUCGACUGUCUCUUUCCCCCAUUCCAACCCCACCUGAGAACAUGGUUAAGUCCAUUACACUGCACUGUCCCUCCUACUUUUCGGCACCAGGUAUAUCCCAUCAUCUGCACUAUGUUUAGCUCAUGAUCUUUAUCUUUAUUAUUAUUAUUAUUAUUGACGAUUAUUAAUUAUUAUUGCUCUUAUUACUAUCAUUAUUUUCUUAAUUAGAGUUAAAUUUAAAUUAACUUAUAUUUUUUAUACAAAGAAAAAUAAUGUUGGCCUUUUUGUUUUGUACAAAGUGAAACAUCAAGAGAAGCAAAACAGUCUAGACAUGUUACUGUUACCCAGAAUAAUUGAGGAAUGUCUCAACUGUAAAUGUAAGAGCAGUAGCCCAAAUGACUUUUAUUAAAUACCUGAAAAAUA